AUGUUUGAUCUGCAUAGCCUCCCAGCAGGAUCACGGCCCGAUACCGCGAUCCGGAACAAUGGACCAGACCGCCUGGUACUUGAAAGGCUGAAGCUUCGGGAGCUAGCUGAGGGCUGGCCUGCAUACAGAGAUUCUUGUGAAUGGGAGAACUUUGAGUCCAUAUUCCAUCCUGGAGCCCAUGUAUAUACUACCUGGUCAGGCCGUGUUACCUACAAGGACUUCAUCGCUGCAUCCAAAGCUGGCAUGGAUAAGGGCGCUUUUAUCAUGCAUCGGUGUCACGGCUCAAGCACAGAUAUCAAUAUCGAAGGAACCCGUGGAGUCACAAAGCUAAAGGCUACUAUCACACAGCGCUUCCUGGUAGAGGGCGUGGAAUUCGAUGUUGAGGCUGACUGCCGCUUUUGCUUCUAUUUCGAAAAGAUCCAAGGAAUCUGGGGCGCCCGCUUAGUUAGGCAUUGGUAUGAGAAGGAUAAGAUGAUCCUUUGUGACCCAUCCAAGGCCCUUCAGGUUACCGUCGAUCAGGAGAAGUUGGCUACAUAUCCACCAGGCUACAAGUAUCUUGCAUACUGGCAAGAAGCUAUUAUGGGAGUCAAGGUGUUGCUGGACAUGCCUGGACAUAGGCGGCAUAUCGGCACGGUUAACCUCGAAAAGCAUGACGAGUUGUACUGGUUGGCCAAGAGUUGGCUCGAGGGAGGAGAGAUUGAAAGGUGA